UUGCAUUCUUGCCGUGAAUACAACAAUCAACAAUAAGAGCAAAAUGGAAACGAUAGCAGUUACUGCGGCGAUAAAAGUACUAAUUCCAUUGCUUGCAAAUACUAAAUCAAUGACAGGUGUUGGCAAGAGAGUGAGUAUUUUGAAGGAUGAUUUGGAAUACAUGAAUUCAUUUCUGAAGACUGCGGAAUCAAUAGAUGAAAAGGAUGAUGGGCUGAAGAUAUUGGUGAAACAAGUCAGAGACGUGGCUUUUGAGACUGAAGACGUUGCGGAAGAGUUCUUGCUUCUUUUGACCCCACCAUCUGAUCGUCACUUCCUAACAGCAUGGGUCUUUCAUGUACAACCACAAGGUCUGAGAACAAGGUCCCUCUUAUCUCGUAAGAUAAAACUCAUUAACUUGGAGAUGAAAAGAAUCAAGGAAAGACGACAGACCUUUUCUCUUCCGAGUACACAUGUUGAUGAAUCAGGAGAUAAGAACCUUAGACUUGAUGCUCUAUUUGUUGAGGAUACUGCUCUUGUGGGAAUUGAUAAUUAUAAAAGCCAAUUGAUUUCAAUGCUUAACGUGGAAGAUAAGAAUCUACUUAUCGUCACUGUGGUAGGGAUGGGUGGCGUGGGAAAGACUACUCUUGUGAGGAAAGUCUAUGAGAGUCCCGCUAAGGGGCACUUCGAUUGUCAAGCUUGGAUUACUGUUUCCCAGUCAUUUACUACCUUGGGACUUCUUCGAGCUUCCUUGAAGAGCCUUAAAGAAGCGGUAAAUGAAGAGGUGGACAAAAUGGACGAGUUACAAUUGAUCGAUACAUUGAAGAAUUAUCUGCAACAAAAGAGUUACAUUAUUGUGUUUGAUGAUAUUUGGAGCGCUACGGCGUGGGAUCAGGUUAGAUUUGCAUUUCCUUGCGGCUCGUGUGGGAGUAGGAUCAUCUUCACUACACGUAACGGAAACAUAGCCUCGUCAACUGAAAUCACUAAUCGCGUGUUCAAUCUCAAACCCUUGCCUAAUGAAGAGUCUUGGAGCCUUUUCUGCAUGAAGGCUUUUCGAGGUGAUGAAUACAAAGGUGUUUGUCCCGAAGAGAUGAACGAUAUCUCGCAAAGCCUGAUAAAAAAGUGCGGAGGACUGCCUCUUGCAAUUGUAGCCCUUGGGGGUUUGCUGGCUACAAAGGAGAAACAAGUUCUCGAAUGGCAGAAAAUUCUGAAAAGCCUAUCUCCUGAUACGAGAAUCUUCACCGGACUUGAGAAUCUAGAGAGGAUAUUAUUAUUGAGUUACAAUGAUUUGCCAAAUCAUCUCAAAUGUUGCAUCUUGUACACAAGCAUGUUUCCGGAGGAUUAUCUCAUCAAGAGAUCGAGACUCACUCGUCUAUGGGUGUCUGAAGGAUUCGUGGAAGACAGACCAGGAGGAUAUACCCGUGAAGAGGUUGCUGAGGGCUACCUGAAUGAAUUGGUUAAUAGAAGUAUGAUUCAAACUGUUUUGAAAGACAAUUUAAACCGGGUCAAGACUUGUCAACUUCACGAUGUCUUGCGAGAUGUUCUUCAAAGGAAAUCCAGAGACGAGACAUUUUCAAUUGUGUUGAAAGAUGAAGAAAUAUUACAAUUAUCAAGUGAGAAGAUUCACCGUGUAGCAAUCUAUCAGGAUUUCCGUCGCCCAACUCCUCAAGGAGCCAAGAUAUCACUAUUCAUUGGCCUUCGAUCCUUACUUCUCUUUGGUACGUGGAAAUUAGCUGAUAAUAUUAAAUUUUUAAAUUUAUAUAGUUGUCGAUCGUUGAGGGUGGUGGAGAUUCAAUGGGAAUCGCUUCAAUAUUUCCCUGAAGAGUUAACUGAAUUGAUUCACUUAAAACAUUUGGGGUUGAGGACGACUUAUAUAACAAAUAUUCCAGACUCUAUAAGAAAGUUGAGGUGUCUAGAGAUACUUGAUCUCCAAAGUUGUUUUAUAAAUUAUCUAUCGCAGGGGAUCCUAAAUUUGAAGAAUCUUCGUCAACUGAGUUAUGGCAGUAAAGUAUAUUCCGGUGAUAAUAUUGCAACAGUUAAAGUUCCCUCCGGGAUAGGAAAAUUGAGCAAGUUAGAGAAAUUGAUUGGGUUUCAAAUGGAUCAGGAGAAUGACAAUGUGGUAGAAGAAAUUGGAAAGUUGACAAAUUUAAAGAGUCUGGCUGUUCUGAGAGUAAGUCAACAAAAUUGGACGCAUUUAUCCACCACGUUAGAGAAAUUGAAGCGUCUGACCGCUUUAUACCUUUCAUCACACAAUCUUGAUGAACGUCUUUCUCUAACUUGUAUCUCAUCUCCUCCACUACUUUUGCAGCGCCUUUGCCUAAGUGCCAAUUUACAAAGUUUGCCUAGCUGGAUCAUUGAACUUAGAUACCUUGGAAAAUUAGUUCUUUUGCAUUCUAGUCUCGAGAAUGAUCCACUAAGAGCACUUCAGGGAUUGGAAAACUUGGUAGUGCUUCAUCUCCUACACGAAGCUUAUGAGGGAGAGGAAUUAAGUUGUGAUAUUAAAGGAAGUUAUCCAAAGCUUAAGGAGCUCAACCUUUGUUGGUUGAAGUAUUUGAAGAGGAUAGUGUUGACAGAAGGAGCUAUGACUAGGCUAAGAGAGCUAAAACUCCAUUCCUGCCGUUCACUACUAACGGUACCCACAGGGACAGAACAUCUUAGAGACUUGCAAUAUUUGUCUCUGUCGUACAUGCCUUGGACAUUCUCACAAAAUAUAAGAGAACCAGAUGGUAAAGAUUUUUGGAAAGUUGAGCAUAUUCCAAUAAUUCAAAUAGGUUAAUUGGUAGACGUAAUAAUAUAAGAAUAUGUUUGGAGGUUGUUGGUAUAUUCAGAACUUUCUUAUCUUCUCCUAUAUAUAUUUUUUUAAUAUGUAAACAUAUUAUUUUAGA